AACCCGGCGCCCCCGGCGGAACUUUGGACUUGGACGUCACUGAUUAGGGAGCAUUAUUUUUUUUAGACGUUCAACGUUACAGGCGAAAAAGAACACGAAUUUCCGCAACGAUGUUUUCCACUUGCGCGAGGACGUUACGGGCUACUAGCAAAUUCGGUUCGUUGGCACGCUACGAGUCUACUCUGGUCAUUGCGGAGCACAAUAACGAGACUCUAUUGCCGCUCACCUGCAACACGUUGACAGCUGCCAAGAAGAUCGGCGGCGACGUUACCGUCCUGGUGGCUGGCACGAAAUGCGAGGCAGUUGCGCAGAAUGCGUGCAAGGCCAAAGGCGUGUCCAAGGUCUUCCACGCGGACAGCGAUGCGUUUAAGGGAUUUACCGCGGAGUCGUUGACGCCGCUUGUACUCAAGCUGUGCAACGAGCACAAGUUCACGCAUAUAUUAGCCGGUGCGAGCGCAUUUGGCAAGGCGUUGCUCCCCCGAGUUGCAGCUAAGUUGGACGUAUCCCCAAUAAGCGAAAUUAUCGAUAUAAAAGCUUCGGAUACCUUUGUACGUACCAUAUACGCUGGUAAUGCCAUUCAGACUCUUAAAUCUAAAGAUAACGUGAAGGUAGUAUCGGUGAGAGGUACCUCUUUUGAGUCGCUACCUUUGGAAGGCGGUGACGCUAAAUACGAGAGUGUCCCUGCUGGCGACUACACUUCGAAUCAAGUGGAAUACGUUAAACAAGAGCUCAGCAAGUCCGACAGGCCGGAAUUGACGUCCGCUAAAGUUGUGAUUUCCGGUGGACGUGGAAUGAAAUCUGGGGAAAACUUCCAAUUGCUUUAUACAUUGGCGGACAAGCUCAAUGCAGCAGUAGGAGCAUCUCGCGCCGCAGUUGACGCUGGUUUUGUGCCAAAUGAUAUGCAAGUAGGACAAACAGGGAAGAUCGUUGCGCCUAAUCUGUAUAUAGCAGUUGGAAUUUCGGGAGCGAUUCAGCAUCUCGCUGGUAUGAAGGAUUCUAAGACGAUUGUGGCUAUUAACAAAGACCCAGAAGCACCGAUCUUUCAAGUAGCGGAUUAUGGAUUAGUCGCAGAUUUAUUUAAGGCUGUACCCGAGCUAACGGAGAAGUUGUAAAUUACAAAUGACUCGUAUAAAGAUUUGUAUUU